UCCAAGAAAUGCUUCAUUAUCUACAUGGAUAAACAUCAAAAAGUGCGUGGUCACUCUGACCCUAAAGCUAGUCAAGGUUCAAGUUCUCAAGGUGGAAAUGCACCAACAACAUUACACAUUGAAUUGCCAACAUCUGCUGUUGCACAAAACACUGGUUCCGCAGGGAGUGGAGGACCCGUGGAUGUUCAUCAGCCAGCCCGACACCAGGUGGUUCACCAACAACCGACAACACGAAAUGUCGUAAUGUCGCGCAAUGUCGUUAUAAAACACAUUCACCAUCAUCGCACUCAUCAUUACCAUGCUGCCCCGGUUUAUCAAGGCUCAGUAAUAAAAGGAGACAUCGUGGGGUCGAAAGCUCAAAUAAAAGACGCUUCAAUUGGAGCUAUUGGUGGUACGUAUUGAAUAAUAUUGUGUGAACUGAAGUGACUUAUUU